CGCCGUAUCCUGCCCAGGGCUGGCCCCGGCAGCUCCGCCAUGGUGAACCUCGGUGUGCGGCGGGUGGAGGAUGGUGUGGCCGCCAAGCACCCGGCGCUGCAGCAGUACGCGGCCUGCCAGUCUCACGCCUUCAUGAAGGGCAUCGGCACCUUCCUGGCAGGCAGCGGGGCCGCCUUCGCAGUGCAGAAGCUGGCGCGGCAGAAGCUGCCGUACAGCCCGCAGUGGAGCCUGCUGCUGGCUGCGGCUGCAGGGUCCCUCGGAAGCUAUGUGGUAACCAGAGCUGAGACGCAGAAAUGUUCCAACUUUUGGAUUUACCUGGAGACAGGCAAGUCCCCACAAGAGCUCGCUGUGACUGGUCAGCCUGCAGAAAACCUCCCCCGUGCAGAGGACAGGGAUAGCAUCGCACCACUGGUGAAGAGGAACAGGUCCAGCCAGCCCAGGGACAGAGCAGUGACCACCCCGUGCUGAACUGGGCCCAUCCCCUGCGAGUAAACCUUGUGUGCUCAGGCCAGUCCUGAUCUCCUUGCACAGCCCAUGGCAUAUGCAGACAAAAGUAUCAUCCUGCCCUGAGGGUUCUUUGGCCUAGCUCCAAAGAGAUCGCAUGGGAUGGGGAUGCUACCUACCUUCUUCUGGAAGGCAAUGUUGGUGAAGGAGUGGU